UUUAACAUAACCUUGAUGUUGAAGUAUCUUGAUGGAACUUCAACUUUGAAGUAGAAAUUCCUGAACCGCGCAUGCGCACGAGCAACAUUUACAGCUACGGGGAUUCUCCUGGUAAAUGAAAAGGGCGGGCCAGACAUUUCAAAGUGCUUGGCUUCGUUUUCCAUGGAUUUUGCCACCUGAAGUCUACCAACACUUGAUAAGGAUACAACUCUCUCCGACUGUGCUGUGCAGUGCGAACACUGUGAAGUUGAUCACUCUGCGUCAAACACUACUGUCUGAAACACGCUCAGGGUUAUCAAGGGGAAAAUUGGACCUACCCCCAUCAGGAUUGUGUCUGUAACUUUAGGACAUCAGGUACUUUGAAAAGUCACGAUAUAGCAAAUUACCAUGCUCAAAAAACAGUGCAAUCGCUUUGGUAUCACAUGGCUAACUCUUAUAUUGCCGUUCAUUUUAUCUCCUCAGAAUGCUAUUACGAGUGGGCAUUUCCCCCGGCAGAUUUCGGAGGGUCCAGCUUCGUAGUGUACCGGAAUCUGUGGACCAUCUAAAGGAUAUUCUCAGAGAGAUGCUUGAACUGGAGGGAGAGUUUUCUUUGCAAUUUGAAGAUCCUGACUUUGAAAAUGCCCUUACUGACUUGCAGAGCAUUGAUGAGUUGCCUCCUGACAGAUCUGUCCUAAAAGUGGUGUGGGACAACAUUGCUUCACUUGCUAUGGAGUCACCUGCAUGUGCCCUGUCAGACACAAGCUCUGUGUCAUCACUUGACACAGCAAGCACAUCUAGUCACUCGGACACAUUGGGUUCUCCAAACUUUUACAGAAAACUCAAAGCUGCUAAAGAUUUGCCGUCACCUGGAUCUGUUCAAAUUCCCAAGUUCUCACUCGAUGUUGAGCUUCGGCUGAAGCAAGGGAACGAGGUCUACAAGCAAACCAAAACUCCCAUUGUCCCCACAAGAGAAAUGAAGUCUGCCAUCAUCACUGCCAUAGUGGAGUCCAUUUUUGCGUCAGAUUGCUACCCAGACAAGGCAGAUAUGAAGUGUUACGCCGCAGCACUAGUAGCAAAACACCCAUGCCUCACAGAAGAUGGUCCUGGAACUGGGUAUGAUGGUUGGCUUGUGAGCCUUUGGUUUAAAGUUGGAAAUUACCGAACCAAGUUGCGUAAGGCUGGGCAUGCAGAAGUGUCUGUUAACAAAAAGAAAGCUGAUACAGAGGAAGGGAUGAAGUUUCGCAUCAAAAAAGCAAGAAGAGCUGAGGUAAACUUUUUACCUCCACAUGCGGAAGGGCAAUCAGACGAAUCUCUUGAUGACCUAAGAUCACAAAUGAUGAAGGAAACUGAAAAGAAGACAUUCGAUGCCAAGUUCAUCAAAGAAACAAUGGAUGUUACUUUUUCUCUUCGGCGCCGAGAGGUUAUUGAAAUUCAACCCCUUGUCCAAGUCCUGAGGGACAGAUGGCCUGCCCUGUUCUUCAAAGAUGAGAUAUGCCGUGAAUUCUUCCGCAUCACACAAAUUGACCUCAUGACAUCAUUCCGAUCAUCACUGGCAAGAUUCACUCCGGCAUUGCUGAAGUACUACAGGAAGAAGAAGGAGUCUGCAGGAUCUGAGAUUACAACACUGCUUGCACCUCUGGAUGACCAGGUGGCAGACAUUGCAGACCUUAGGGAACGCGUUGCCUUGGAGGGACUGCCUCUCGUCCUGAAAGAAGACAAUGGGUGCCUUUUCCGGAAAUGCUUUGACACUGAUGCUGAAGAGACGUACACCAAAGGAGUGAAGAUCGGCAUCCUUUCCGUAGUGGAAGAUGAUGGUGUGGCAGCAAGAAGGUCUCUUCCCAAUGUCGUCAACAUCGCCGUCAUCUUGGAGGAAACAGUGGUCCUAGACGACAUUAACGACUUGCCCUCUGCUGUUGGUUACCUCUUUGGGCUUCUGUAUGCCUGCAAUAUGGAAUAUCCGAAGGGACUGAACUACACAUUUGAGGUGAUCCAGAAGGUUUUUCUUGAGCUUGAUGCACAGAACUGCUCUGCUAGAGCAAUUUCUCUGCGGCGCAAGAUUUUCGAAUUCUUAAGAUAGGCUGUAUGUGUUUGUGAUUUGCCAGUGAGGAUGUGACGUUACCCCCUGGCGCGAGAGAGAGAGAGCUUUCUGCACUUUCUGUUUAAGACUUUUUUUUGUGCCAGUGUUUUGUGUUUUAAAAGGUGUGUAUUCCUGUUUCACCUUAUGACGCUGGCAUAUUUACAUAAUUUAGGUUGGUGAUGAGCAGAGACUCCACCCUCAUAAUGUGUUACUGUUAAUA